ACAUCUUGCAGUUGCUUCCCAGUUUGCAUACACGACAGUAAGCCAUCCCAGAUAAACUCCAGCUAGGAGCUUGCUAGCUAGCUAUGGCUUCCAUGGCGAGCUUCUUGGCCACGAUCAUGGCGUGCGCGCUCCUCUCCAGCAACACGUGCCAUGGCGCACGCAACUUGGCCGACACUACUCCUCCGGCUGCCCCUACCGCUGCUCCUGUCCCUGGCAUCCCAGCGGUGCCGACCUUGCCGGCAGUUGUGCCCACAGUGCCGGCCAUGACCGUGCCACCUAUGCCCACCGUGCCCACGGUGCCGCAGAUGGCACUGCCGCCUAUGCCGGCUAUGCCUGUUCCCACGGUGCCGGCUGCGACCGUGCCACCUAUGCCGACCAUGCCCACAGUGCCGCAGGUGACACUGCCGCCUAUGCCAGUUGUUCCUUCCAUGCCCAAGAUGACGAUGCCCCCGAUGCCUGCCAUUGUCGUGCCAAAGUUGACCAUGCCGCCAAUGCCCGCAAUUGUUGUGCCGAAGGUGACAAUGCCGCAGAUACCUACCAUCCCGAGCAUCAAUGUGCCUAUGCCGUUUGUGGCGCCGCCUCCGUCUGCAUAGGCGCCUCUCAGCACACAUGAUAGUUCUUUUGCCAUGUCGAUACUUGGCGCACUUCAUGUCGCAACGGCUACAUCACUGUGGUGUUGCUACCACAGAGUAUUUGUUCUUUUCAAGUGUAUGUCUUACGUUGUAAGCCUUAGGUUUUUUAAUUAUGUAUACACGUCGACAUAUGUAUUGUUAGUUUCCAUUGAUGGUUGAGGUUGUCCCAUUGUAGGUAUGCAACAUUUCUACGUGUAUAUGUUACGUGUAUUUUAACUAUUGUACAUCAAAGUUAAUGACGAGGAAUGGUACAUUGUUUCUCUUC